AGAUCAUUUUGGAAGCGAAGAAGAAAAUUUAUGAUUUGUGUGAAGAAGGCCAUGGUAAUCGUAAAUGGAAGUUUUUGUUUGUGAGAGUACACAUUUAAACUCUAUAUUAAUAAUAAAGUAUAUAGCAAAUCUAUCUACAACAAUUUAAGCAACGUAAAAUGGCCAAUAUACUGAGGAGUUCAUGUAAAUUGUCUCGCCUGUAUAGUAAACUUGUAAUAUCGAAUAAGGUUGUUUUUAAGAAUACUCUAAGAAGCAAUACAAAUAUAGCUAAUGCUUUAAAAUCACAUCAAGUUAAAAGUGAAAAAGAACCAGGGCAAAUUUUCAAAUGGAUACUUUUGAUGUUUCCAGUAACAUCCUUUGGGCUAGGGUGUUGGCAGGUACAUCGUUUACAAUGGAAGUUAAAUUUGAUAGAUAUGAUGCAAGCAAAGUCAAAUUCUGUUCCAACAACGUUACCUGAUAGCUAUGAAGAACUGGAAAAAAUGGAAUAUAUGCCUGUCAAAGUAAAGGGACAGUUUCUGCAUGACAAAGAAUUUGUUAUUGGACCAAAAGCUCUGAUUGAUAAUUCUCCAAUGGCUAGAGUUGGGUCCCUUGUAUCAGAUCCAAAAAAAAAUCAGGGUUGGCUGAUUGUAACUCCAUUUAGGCUUUCUGAUUCAGGACAAGUCAUAUUAAUUAAUAGAGGUUGGGUGCCAACUAAAUUGAAACCAAAGGAAACAAGAGAUGCUUCUAUGAUCAAAGGUGAAGUAGAACUUGUUGGUGUAGUUAGACUGACUGAAAAAAGAGCACCAUUUAUGCCUAAAAACAACCCAGCAAAUGGUUCUUGGUACAGUAGAGACUUAGAACAGAUGAGUGAGUAUCUAGAUUGUCUACCUAUAUGGCUGGAUGUGCGUGGCAUAUCUGACCCACCAGCAGGAUGGCCUAUACCAAAUCAGACUCGUGUCACUCUAAGAAAUGAACACUUUUCAUACCUUGUGACAUGGUAUUUAUUGUCAAUUUUCACUGCAAUUAUGUGGCAUCGGUAUUUUAUCAAAAAAUUGCCAUUAAUGUAAAAAUUCUACCUUCUGUUAAUUAUGCAUGUAAAUACUGUAAAUAUAAUGCUAAUAUUUGAAGACAUGUUAGUUUACUUUCCUUCAAUUCUUCUAAAAUGGCUAGUGGCUAAACGGCAUUUACUUCUAUAUCGAUU